AUGGCAACCCGAUCUCUCACACGCAGAUGUGGGCUUACCUCUACCACUCCACCCACAUCAGUCGUUCAAGGAUAUAUAAAGACCGCCACAACAGUUCGAAUGCAUCACCAAAACACCCCGCGUCCAAUAUUCGACUUUCUGGUUCCACGUUUCGGUGCUCCCAUCCAGUCGGCAUUUGUUUUCGAGCGAAAGAGGAUAUUAAGAACUCCUGCCAGGAAUUUCUCGAGUACUAGGGUACGAAAGGCUACUGUCACCACAUUCAAUCCACAGAAGAAUGAUGAUGGCACAGAGCAGAAGAUUGAAAUCACCCAGCGUGCUGCAAAUGUAAAUAUCACUGCCUUUCUCUUUCAUUGUGUCCUUAACUACGCAUUGAAUCACAUGCUAAUGAACUACUCACAGCGAUUACAACAACUCCGCAAAAAAGAAAAUAACCCUAAUCUCGCGCUCCGAAUCGAAGUUCAAUCGGGGGGCUGCCAUGGGUUCCAAUAUGUGAUGUCUUUAUGCGAUCUCCCGGCCAAUAUCUCCCGAGAUCUUUUCACGGCAAAUACUGUCCGGAAUGAAUCCUCUCCCGCUCUCAAUACUUCAUCCGCAGAUUCAAAUACCGUCCCUGACUCCCCUCCACCCUCGAAUCCAAACACCUCAGCCACAAUGGACCUUCGCGAAGACGACACAGUAUUCAGUUACAUUAGUGACCACUCCCACGCCAAUGUCGUUAUGGAUAAUUUCAGUCUCGAUGCUUUGAAGGGCAGCAGAAUAGAUUAUGAAGUCAAGUUAAUUGGUGCCGAAUUUAAGAUCAUUGACAAUCCGGCUGCGACUAGCAGUUGUGGUUGUGGAACGAGCUUUGACAUUAAGUUUUGA